AUGCCCUGUGGUGUCCAUGAUGGCCGUCGUCUCGGUCACCGGUGCGAACGCUGCCAGAGAGAUCAUAGCAAAUGUGACGGAUCUCGGCCAUGUUUAGCAUGCAAGCGAAAGGGAGUGGAGUGUGCCUCGCCCUGCACAUCGAGAUCCACGUUGUCCAUUGUCCAAAGUCAUCCUCCCCUUGACCCUCGGCCGUGUAAGCCGCUAUCCACGGACAGACCUAGGCACUAUACUAAUGCAUUCUUCUUUGCUCUUGGGCUCUCACCUACACUCCUUACCGUAUUUUCUAUCAAUGCAAUGACAUCAAUGAUCCAGGAGAACAAGAUACUUCAAGAUACAGUCUCGUUGGUUGGGGGUUUCUAUGCCUCUCGUAACUCGAAUUUGCUGACAUUCUCGAAGAACGAGAAAAGAGACCUAGUGGUUCAAUGGCACCGGCUGCAGAAGUCUGUUGCACUCGGCAUCAAAGAGGUGUCCAGUGAUGGCAAAUCAGAUGUUCUUCUAGCCUGUGCUCUUCUGCUCAGUUUCGUUCAGAUCCUGGAUGACACUUCAGGGAGAUCAUGGUGUGCAUGGGUUUACCAGUUGCAUGCCUUUGUCUGGCGAAAUGGGAAAUCUGUCGCACCAUUGACACCUCUCUUGCGGUCGAUGCGCAGGUUAGCCCGUAUCAUGAAUGCCUUGAGGGCUCUUUGUCUAGAGCAGGACCUCGACCUUGCCCUACCCGUUCGUUCGCACGAUUUGGGUUCAAGGGUGGACCAUCUGCCUCCGCAUGGGCAGGAUGCAUCCGCAUUGUUCGAUGACCAGCUCCUGGACUACUUCUGCGAGGACCUGGAGAUGUGGGCUAAGUUGCAGUGGCUGACCGCAGAUUGGAAAACCAAAAGUAAGGAGUUGGGUCUGCGGCUGGACCCAGAACUUCGCAAAUCCCCGGGAAGAAGAUUAUCUGAACACGAAUACCAGGGGGUAGAAUUGACUUGUAUUGCGUCCCGAUUCCAGCGGGAUAUCAUUGCCUCUCUGCUUUGGUACAGUAGCGAAAAUGGCAGCAGUGUUACGAACAUGCUGCUAGCGUUUUACCAUUGCGUUAGCGUCGACAUCUCCCUGAUGUUUUGUGAUUCGGUCUGGCUCUCUCUGAAUUGUGAACUGCCAGUUAUGACACACCAGAUGAGCUAUGAACAAGCGACCAAUGCGCUGCAACAUGCAGAAAAAGGCCUUCAAAGUUCAUAUCUUGAGGCUAUUUUCUACGCCCCAACUUUGUAUACAGUCAGCAUGACGAGGAGAUACAAGUCCGAACGGAGUCGCAUAGUGAGUUUUAUUAGCAGGCUGAAGCAGAAGGGAUUUUUCGUUGCCGAUCAGUUUUUAUCCGUGAUUGAAGAAGCAUGGGCCGCUAGAUGA